AUGGCGAGCUUCAGGGCCUGUGUGGACUUACAGCUCAAUGAGGUGCGGCGACGGCUGCAAGAAAACCUGGCACAAGAGUUGGAGCGUUUGGGCCAGGACCUGGUCGCAAGUCUUGGUGACGCUUCAAUGAGUCCACGGAUGAUCGAGCAAGUAGGUGCCAGCGUGAGCAUCGAUCUUUGGAAAGCAGAUCUUUGGCGAAAUGAAGAGGAUGAAGAGACGAAGGAGCAGCCCCUCCACAUGAUCAAAGAGGUGUCAAAAGAUCAGGUGUCAGAGAGAUCAGAGAACUCUGCACCUCUGAUGGUGACGAUCGACUCUGUGACCAAUUUCCAACACAGGCAAAUCAGUAUGGAUUCUUGUGAACGAGUCCGCAGCGUGAAGCGCCAACCGUUGGUUUUGCACCCCAUGUGGUCGCAGGAGGUCCGGGUCACCAAGAGCAACUCUCUGCGGAACACGGACCUCAUGCGCCGGCCCUCGCGCUUCGCGAUCCGUGCUGGCGAAGAGGCCUUAGGAACGGGAUGUCUUCAGAUGAUGGUCUUCCGACCCAGCAGCCUCCGCUGCCUGAUGUGGGACAUUGUUUGCUUCAUUGCCAUCGUCUAUGACACAAUCAUGGUCCCUCUCUUCUCAGCUUUUCCAAUUGACACCACUUUGGCGCUACAGAUCUUGGAGACUAGCAGUACCGUUGUGUGGGUUAUCGACAUGUUUGCGACGUUCUUCCGUGGAUUCCUGGACACACAUACAGGCUUCAUAGAGAUGCGCCUCAACAAGAUCGCCCGGCACUAUUUGAGCACGUGGUUUUUGCCGGAUAUAGCCAUGUUAGUGGUGGAUAUGAUCUCGCUGUUCUUGGUGGAUCAAAAAGCUGCUGCUACAGUCACCUUGCUACGGCUCUUCCGGAACAUCCGGAUCUUGCGGCUUCUGAAAAUUGCCGGGCGGCUCUCGCGACUCAAGGAGAUGUUUGUCGGCUUGGACUAUGGCCUGGAAUGGACUUCCGUGUACCUGGCUACCGCGAUGACUGUUCUGAAACAGAUUUGCGUCAUUUCAUUGCUUUGUCAUUUCUCUGGCUGUGCCUGGUAUGCUUUGGGGACGUUGGCGAUGGAAAACACUUGGAUAAAGGCUAUUCAAGCAAGCUCGGGCUCGGACACGGAUAUUAUGUACAUGUAUGUGACCUCCUUGCAUUGGUCGUUAACGCAAUUCACGCCGGCGUCCAUCGAUGUUGCGGCGGUGAACGUCCCCGAACGCAUAUUCUCUGUGGUGGUGACGCUUGCAGGACUCAUCGUCUUUAGUCUGUUCAUUGGCUCCAUCAAUCAAGCGCUUGGUCGUUUGGCAGCGCUCACUGCGCAAGAGACCCGACAGCAUUUGCUGGUCCGUCGCUAUGUCACCGAGAAGCAAGUCUCAGUGGAGCUUGCUGCAGACAUCCUGAGAUGUAUACAGCAGAGAGGUCUUGGAAAGGAGAGCAGCAAGCUGGUCCUCUCGGAUAUCAAGAUCCUGGAGAGUUUGCCUCGAAAGUUGCUGGUGAAGUUGCAACAAGAAGUCGGUAUGCCGGUGCUGGAGUCUCAUGGGUUGCUCAGACACGUCAGUAACCUCGGCAGUGACACCGAACUAGCAACCUUGUGCUACCGAGCGCUGAAAGAACAGAGUGUCGUAUUUGGCGAGGAGCUCUAUCAGGAGCAUGCCUACGACCUGCGCGGCUGGCGCUAUGCCUUUGUCCCAAGCUUUAACUACAAGCUAGGCCCGAUCCUCUUCAAGGAGUGCGACAAAAUCUCACACAUCACCUGCCCGCUCGACGCACGCAUGGCCACCUACAUCAACGUGAUUGUGAUUUGGAUUGGCUUUGUCGUUACAAUGCUGGUGGCCCACUAUCUCCGGGGCCGCUAUGCCUUUGCCGGGCUUUGCAAUUGGGGGAUGAGCGUGGUCAACGCUUUCGGCGGCCACUUGAUGCCAUGGCUCUUCCAAGGUUACAACCCAGGCGCUUUUCAGAGCCUCUUCAUGUUUGCCUUUGGUGUUUUUGCCAUCACUCGGCCAAGCGUCCAGUUCGCGGCGGCGUGUGUGCUGAACGGUGUUCUCUUCCACGUUAUUGCCUUCUUUGUCGGGAUGAACUUGGUCUUCAAAUACCACUUUCCUGCAGAAGUGGUUGCUUUGCUGGGCUUUCUAUGUUCCACUGCGAUGCCCUUGGGCUUUGCACGGCUAUGCGCGCCGGAUGACCCAGAUGACUACGAAAAGAUGUCUUCAGACUCAGAGGACGAGGAGGGCACACCGUAG